CAAUAAGAUGUACUGGAAACGUUAGUCACUGCAAUGCAGCGUACUGUCACCUGAAAUCUUUAUCUUCAGUUACAUUGGAAGUAACGCUAUUUUGUGCACAGUAACAGUAUUUUGUGGGGGAUAUUUGACAGGGGUUCAGGACAGAGUGAGUGCAGCAAAGGUCCAAAGCCUCAUGUCCAAACAUUACCCAGCAAUCCCAGCCGGUCUGCUGUUCUAACAUCAUUAAGCAGCUCUCUGACAUAACGCCUUUCCCCUGCGCCCACCACCAUAUUUAAACCGCUUUUAUGUCUGUGCGUGUUUGACUGCGUUCCCAGUGAAGACAGGGAAGCCGUUAGAGUGAGAAAAAUUCCUAUUCAUGUCUUUAUCAGGCUCUAGCGCAGUCCUCCUUAUCAGCCAGGUAUGCUUCUCUUUCUCUGACUGUCUCUAUCUGUGUCUCCGUCUCUAGUGGUCAUGCCCCCCACCCCCCCCCUCUCCUGCUCUGUUUCCCCCUUCUUUUCCUCUAUCUGCGAUCGAGGAUGGAUAUCUAGGUCUCACUCCACUCCUUCAAUGCAUUUUGUUAUGUUCUAAUCUCAUUUUACCCUCGAGAUAGCAUCACUUUAUCUUGUCGUAUAAAUCGUUUAUACCUUCCAUCUCUGCAACCAUUCCUCAGUCACUCUCUGUCAUCGUAAACAUCCUUUUCUUCUCAGUACAUCUUGUCAACGAUAUUUAACUCCCCCACCUCAUCCUCUGUCUCUCUCUAUAUCUCUCCCGUUCUUCCUCACCCUCCUUUCUCUCUCUCGGUGCUGCUCUGGUGCUGGUGCAGUGUUGCCUUGCAGAGCUUGUGAGUGCUAGAAAUCAGAUCUAGUUAUCUAACAUAGACACAAACAGACACACACACACACACACACACACACACACACACACACACACACACACUCACACAACUAAAAUAAAUGAGGGAGAGGUGUUCGCUUGCCUGUUCCCUGGGACGUAAAGCGGGGUCGGCUGAUUCGUACACCAGUAGGCCGUCGGAUUCAGACCUGUCAGCAGAGGAGGACCGCGAGGCGUAUCGGCGUGAAGCCGAGCGCCAGGCACAGCUGCAGCUCGACAGAGCUAAGUCCAAACCUGUAGCGUUUGCAGUAAAGACCAAUGUGAGUUACUGUGGAGCUCUGGAUGAGGACUGUCCCGUCCAAGGAGCUGCAGUCAACUUCGAUGCCAAAGACUUCCUGCACAUCAAAGAAAAGUAUAAUAAUGACUGGUGGAUCGGUCGGUUAGUGAAAGAGGGAGCAGACAUCACAUUCAUCCCCAGCCCGCUAAGACUGGAGGCCAUGAGACUCAAACAGGAGCAGAAACAAAGGAAAACAGGGGGUAACUCCUCUAGUUUAGGAGAUAUGGUGACUGGAAACUGGAGGACCACACCGCCAUCUGCAGGUGAAUCCAAACAGAAGCAAAAACAGGAGCAUGUUCCUCCCUAUGACGUGGUGCCCUCUAUGAGACCAGUGGUUCUCGUGGGACCAUCGCUGAAGGGUUAUGAGGUGACAGAUAUGAUGCAGAAAGCUCUAUUUGACUUCCUGAAACACAGAUUUGAGGGGAGGAUCUCAAUCACACGAGUAACUGCUGACCUGUCUUUAGCCAAGAGAUCUGUCCUCAACAAGAGACCCAUAAUGGAGAGAUCCAACACCCGCUCCAGCUUAGCGGAGGUUCAGAGUGAGAUUGAAAGGAUAUUUGAGCUCGCCAAAACCCUGCAGCUGGUGAUUCUGGACGCAGACACCAUCAACCAUCCCGCACAGCUAGCCAAAACCUCCCUCGCCCCCAUCAUUGUCUAUGUCAAAGUUUCCUCACCAAAGGUGCUCCAGAGGCUCGUCAAAUCCAGGGGGAAGUCUCAGAGCAAGCACCUGAACGUGCAGAUGAUGGCUGCAGACAAACUCUCUCAGUGUCCCCCUGAUAUGUUUGAUGUCAUUUUGGAUGAAAACCAGCUUGAGGAUGCAUGUGAGCAUUUGGCCGAAUACAUGGAGGUCUACUGGAGAGCCACUCACCUCCCAGGAAACACCCCUCUUAACCCCUUACUGGAGCAGAGUUUGAUGACCCCACCUUCUGCCAUCUCUAGCCUACAGAACCAGAACAAGAACCAGCCGCAGCCUCGUGAGGGGGUGGGCUUGCAGCGUAACGAGGAGGAGGAGGAGGCAGGCGAGGAGGCCCACUCCCCCCUGGAGCAGGACAGUCUCAUGCCGUCUGACGAGGCCAGCGACUCCCUGUCUCGCGGCCGGAGGGGGAGCCCGUGCCAAAGGGGGGGCGAGGAGGAAGACGAGGAGGAAGAAGAAGAAGAAGAAGAAGAGGAAGAGGAAGAGGAGGAGGAUGAGUAUGCCUCCCCUGUCCAUGGUCGCACAUACAGGGACAUGUACCCCCCUCACCGUGGGCACACAGGCAGCGCCCACAGUGCUAACGGGCACGAGUCACAGGACAGGCUGCUCCAACGUGAAGCUCAGCAAGGUCACAACCAGAGGAACAACCGCCAGCGGAGCCGCCCCUGGCCUCGAGACACCUACUGAGGAAGACGAGCCCUCCUCCAUCGGCCUUCAGACCGCAAUGAGAUCCCCCCAAACCUCCCCCCGCCCCCCCGCCGCCUGAUGUCGUAUGUUCCCAGUGAAGAGAUUUUAAAAAGUUGUCCUUAAAUCUGCUCCUAACUUUAAUCAGACACAAACCGAAUACGACAUCUUUAUUUAAAGCAUUGCAGUCACAAUCUUCUCAACUCGUAGAUAAUUUAAACAAAGGGGAUGUCUCGACCUCUCCAGGGUCGAGUCAUUCAGAUAAAGUCAACAGGGCUACCAGCUGUAAGCAAACUCAAACUGCUUUGCCUAAGGUUCCUCUAUCGUAGGAUGUCUCAUAUACUGGCCUUAAAAUUCCUUAAAAGACUUUUAACUAUCUUUACUAUUGCAUGUAUGAGUAUAAUUAUUUUAAGACUAUUUGCACAUUAAUGUCAGAACAGGAACUGAAUGAUCUUUACGGAUAAACUUACGUAGGAAUGUCUACUGUUGAAUCCAUGUAUGGGAAAUAGUGAUGCAUUUGAUUACAAUGUAUAUAUACUGAAUGGGCACCUGGUUUUGUUUCAUUGCUACUAUAUUUGUUUGAUUUUGUUGAUAUAGACUUUGUUGUUUCAGAGAAUAUGUUUACCAUCUAUCAGUCAGUAUGUCCUGUGAAGAUGGCAAAUGGCAUGUGGGAGACACACACACACACAGACACACACACACAGGGUUGGACUGAAUCUCUGAAUGGUCACAAGUAGAGCCCGAUCGAUAUAUCACAUGGCCCAUAUUGUUGGCAGAUAGCGAUCUACCACAUAUAUAGAUAUCUCAGCUUCUGUUUUCUGAUAUUGAUGCAUUUUUUCAGAACAUGGGAUUUAGAAAACUGGGUUUGAGCUUUUUUGGAUACAUCAUCUAGCCAAUGAUGGACGCAAUCAGAUGCAAUAGUUUGUGUUGUUAAAUAUAGUAUUUAGUUCCUUCUGCAUUUCUUUGCAUUGUCAUAUUGCUGCAAAGUCUUUAUAGAAAAUAUCAUACAUUCCAAGCAAAAAACAAUUCUCUAUAUUGACUGCUAUGUCAGAAAUUGUUUCCCCCCCCCCCCCCCCCCCCCAUUGAAAUAAAUAUUGGUAUCCACCAAUAAAAUCCAAUAUUGAUCGGGCUCUAUAUGUUAGUAUGAAACUGCAGUACAGCAUCAGUGUCGCCUAUAAGAACAGUACAGUGCAUUCUGGGCACCCCUUGCCUUGGCUGUUGCACAAUCACCUCUGAAAUCUUUUUUUUAUUUAUUUAUUUUUAAAGAACGGCCACAGAGAAUGUAAAAAACAACUAAGGAAGGGAAUGUUAUCUUUUCGAGGAUGAAUGAUUUGCCAAACUGCUUGUUUACAUGAAAUCAUUUCCACAUUUAUCAAGCACAUGCUGCACAGCUGCAGCUCCUCUUCAGAUCCAGGCUUCAGAGAAUGUAAGCUUGCAUGCCUUUUGCACCUUCAAGCAUCACCGGGUGUCUCCAGCCCAGCCGAUCGCCCUGUAAUUCGAUUGUAGCACGUUAUUGAUUGUAGCAUCCACAGUAACUUCUCUCACCCUCCUUUGUGCGUCUUCGACAAACAUCGCAUUUACGUUGGUGUACUGCGGGUUUACAGAUGAUUAUCAAGGCAGAUCCUCAGGUGUACACACUCUUUGCGCUCCACAAAACGAAUGUGUAGUGCUCCUAAAAAGGACUCGUAGCACCGGUUGACAUGAUUCAUUCAUUCUGUUCCUGCGGCAUUAUUCAUCAGUGAGACGAUUAUUUGAGUUUGGAGGCGAUGCCAAUGAAGUAUCGAAAAACCCCUUUUUUUUUUAGGAGUUUACUUCUUCCAUGUCUCACAGGUAUCUCCUUAUCUAGUGUUCUGUAUAUUUUGAAGAGAAAAAAAAUCAGCAUGAUUGAUUAAAAAAAAAACAAAAGAAAAAAAUCUAUGCAAGUGUUGCAUGAAAUUCUGAUUGUUUCUUUUGAACGUUAAGUAUUUUAGUAAUGCAUUGAUUCUGAUUCUCCUCGUUGUCUUGUAGUGAUGGUCUUGUCUUUGGGGCUACUCACUCCUCACACCACUAACAACCCUCUGACUAAAAAUCAUUUGAUUUAUCCAUUUAUAGUGGGGACACUUUUUUUCCACAAUAUUGGUUUUGACACUCGUUGAUGCACUUUUAAAAGUCACUGGCUUAAAAGAAAAUUUACCGGGUCCCAGAUCAGGCCUCUGUUUUUUUAUUGGUUGGUUAUUGGUUAAAAAAAAAGGGAAUGAGUGAAUUAGUAAAGCCCUGCAUGUGUUAGUUUACCAAUUAGCUAUUUUCAUUCUAUUUUGGCAGAGUAUGUUUUUCAAAGCGGACCAAUUUAGCAACUGAUAAAACAGUUAAGGUUUUUCAAUUUUUGAAGCACAAUUUCUACAAGGGUUAUAAUUUAGUUUCCUCAGUCUUAUUCUGUAUGCAAUACUAAGCCUAACAUUGAAAAACUUUAAACGCCUUAGACCAUCUGGACUUCCUCUUUUGUGUGAGUAGAGAAUAAAAAAAAAAAAAUUGCACUACUUUUUUUUGGGAUGGUUGCUUUGUAAUGCAAUAACUGCACUAAAUAUAGCCGUGUAUCCACCAGACUACCACAGCGUGCUAGCGUGACCCAACACGCCUCUUCCCUCUAUUUAUCAAGAGACAGCAAAUGUGUAAAAAGUGACAUUUCCUGCCUGAUGCUGUAUAGAAUGCUUUCCUUUUGAAAAUAGAUUUACAAUGCUAAGUAAAAUAUGACUCAAACAAAAAUAAACAUGACAUUUUAUGUA